ACCAAUUCAGAAUUCCAUAUGGCGUCCAUCUGCAAUCUCCCCUUCAUCCCGCCCUCGUCGUUUCCCGCCAUAAAACCAGUCUCUGCCUGCGUUGCUAUACUGCGCCUGACCCCCGUUUUCUUAGGCACCUUGCCGCAUUGUCUUGCCCCGAAAAAAACUUCUUCAGUAAUUCGGAAAGCUAUCCAAUCUCAGAGUCACAAGAAUUACGUCUAUCCUGACCCCAUCCCUGAAUUCGCAGCUGCCGAGACGGAGAAGUUCAAAGCUGAAUUGCUGGAGAAACUGUCGAAGCAAAGAGAAACCUUCGGCAAUGAUCUUCGAGUGGUUGUCGAUGUUUGUGCAGAGAUAUUCAGUGAAUUCCUACAUAAUGAGUAUGGAGGACCUGGAACAUUAUUGAUUGAGCCUUUCACAGAUAUGAUGUUGGCAAUCAAGGAUAGAAAACUGGCUGGAGCAGCAUUGGCUGCUCGAGCCUCAGCUCUGUGGGCACAGAGCUAUGUUGAUCGUGAUUGGGAAGAUUGGAUCUCCAAACAGGAUAAAUGAGUUUGCAAAUCUUCCCCACCUAUAUGCAUUUCUGGUACAUGAUGUUUGAAGUGGAUGAGUUCAAGAAUCAAGAUUACCUGAUUGUUCUUGGACAUUGAAGAUUCUCUCGCCUCGUGCUCAGAAUUGGUAACAUCCUUCUCUAAAUUUGCCUCUGUGUUUUGAUCUGAUUCCGACUGGUUUC